UUUUUCCUGUAAUUUUUCCAACCAAAACAAAACAAUUCCCAUCACAUUCCCUAUAUUUAUUUAGUUAUUCAGUGCCUUGCUGUUUGUGACACGUUUUUCGGUGUCAAACAAUAACAGACAGACACCAUGCCGGAAUUCCUGAUAAACGGCGUUCCGGUCAAUUUUCCCUUUGAGCCCUAUCAGGUGCAGAGGGAUUAUAUGACCAAAGUGAUUGAAUGUUUACAGAACAGCACCAAUGGUGUGCUGGAAUCCCCGACCGGAACGGGUAAAACACUAAGCUUGCUCUGUUCGUCUCUGGCGUGGACACUAAGCAAAAAAACCCAGGUUCAAGCAAACAUGAAAAUGAACAAACAAGAUUUGAAUGAGUUUGCGAUGAAUCAGAAAAAGAAGAUAGGCUGGGGACCAAACGAAACGAAACUGCUCGACAAUCUUAAUGAGAACGCCGGUAAAGAGGGUGCCAAGUGGGGCGUUCCGAAAAUUAUUUACGCCUCCAGAACACAUUCGCAGCUGAGCCAGGCAAUGCAAGAAAUGAAAAACACGAGCUACAGUUUUAUGAAGGCGAUCAUUCUGGGAUCCCGUGAUCAGUUGUGUAUACAUCCGGAGGUGUCGAAGGAGGAGGGAAAUUCGGUGAAGUCUAAUCUGUGCAAGGCGAAGGUGCAGUCCCGAAGCUGCUCAUUCUACAGUCGAGUCGAAAGUACCAAAGAGCGACCUGAAGUAACGAGCUGCACUGUGAUGGACAUCGAGGAUCUAAUGAAGAUCGGUUCUAAAGUUAAAGCGUGUCCGUUUUUCCUGUCCAAAGAAUUGAUCGAAAACGCAGACAUUCUGUUUAUGCCGUACAAUUACCUGUUAGAUCCGAAAAUUCGCAAGGCGAACAAUCUACAAAUUACGAACACAAUCAUAAUCCUCGAUGAGGCCCACAACGUGGAAAAAAUGUGCGAGGAGUCCGCCUCGAUGCAGCUCAAAUCGUCCGACAUUGCCCUUUGCAUCGAUGAUAUCACUUCGGUCAUGAGGGCGAUGGAAAACGGGGUGUCGGCUUCGGACGACGACGAGGACAAGAAGGAUUUCACCAUUGACGAUUUGGCUCUGUUGAAGGAAAUGUUACUCAAGUUAGAGAAUGUUGUUGAUGAAAUACAGGUCCCAUUCUCCCAGGGUGGUAAAACAUUUUCGGGGACAUAUAUCUUCGACCUAUUCGAGCAGGCCAACAUAAAAGCAGGCAACUAUAGUGCUCUGGCCCAGCUUCUGGACAAUAUCAUUCAAUAUGUUUCUACGGUUACGCAGGACAAUAAGUUUAUGCGACGCGGUGGUGGUUUACAGAUAUUCGCAGAAUCUCUGGAGAUAGUUUUCGCCGGUAGUGGCCCCGAGUACAGACAAUCGAUUGAUAAAUGCUACAAGGUGCACAUUGAUCUGGAAGAGCAGAAAAAAGUCCGUGGAAAUGUUAAACAAGCGGAUGGGUGGACCGCUACGAAGAAGCUUGUCCCUUCGGUAAAAGCGAAUGCCAAGGUGGUUAGCUUUUGGUGUUUCAAUCCGGGCUUUGGAAUGCGUCAACUGCUAGGGGCUAAUGCUAGGAGUAUCAUUUUGACUAGCGGAACACUUGCACCGUUGAAGCCGCUCAUCAGUGAACUGGACAUUCCAAUAGCUGUUAAAUUGGAGAACCCGCACAUCAUCGAUGGAAGUCAGGUUUGUGUAAAAAUUGUAGGACAGGGUCCGGAUAAGGAGAGUCUCAAUUCGAGCUACAUGAAUCGUGACAAUCAAAACUACAUCCAAAGCCUGGGCCGAACGGUUCUUGCGUUCGCUCCGGUCAUCCCGGGGGGAUUGCUGGUUUUCUUUCCCUCCUAUCCGUUGUUGCACAAAUGCCAAGAGUCAUGGCAGGAAUCCGGACUUUGGGCGCAGAUAAGUCGAAUCAAGCCCAUUUUUGUGGAGCCUCGUGGGAAAGAUCAAUUCCAACACGCAAUGACUGAAUAUUACAAUAAGAUAAAUGAUCCAAACUGUAGAGGAGCCGUAUUUAUUGCCGUCUGCCGAGGAAAAGUUUCCGAAGGAUUGGAUUUUGCCGAUAUGAACGGUCGAGCUGUGAUGAUUACUGGACUUCCGUUUCCCCCUUUGAAGGAUGCAAGAGUGAUACUCAAAAAAAAGUAUCUGCAAGAGGUUCGCACCAAAGAAAAUGAGAUCAUUUCCGGUGAUGAAUGGUACUCACUGGAAGCGGCAAGAGCGGUUAAUCAGGCCAUCGGUCGCGUCAUCCGUCAUAAGAAUGACUAUGGGGCUAUUCUGCUGUGUGACAAUCGUUUCCAUAACCCUCGUCAGAAGGCCCAGCUUUCAAACUGGAUCCAGAAACAUCUCAAAACUACGCAACAACAAACAUUUGGACCUAUUAUAGGCGAACUAGCGAAAUUUUUCCGAGGAGCUGAAAAAAAUCUCCCUCAAGCCAAGCUAACACGUAGUAUCAAUGUCGAGAUGCCGUCCUCACUCGACUCCCAGCGGCCAAGUAUGUCGCUGAAUUCGGAAACGAAGAAAAAGUUGGAACACAUAAAGGACAGUUUUGUGUCACACCGGAAAGCGCUCGAUACAGACAUAACCAUCAUAACGGACUCACCCGAAGCCAUAACGACGGGGUACCUGCAGAGGCUCGGUCCCGAUCCCUCCGAUAGACCGAAAGAUUUUUUCAGUCGUCUUGAAGUACCCGUUAAAACGAUCAAUUUCAGCUAUGUGGGAUCGAACUCGACGCCAAGUACCUCGCAGGGUUUGGUAACGAUACAUAAGCGCGAGCGAUCGGCAGAGUUUCCAGGUGAAACUCGGAAGAAACGGAGAGUGGUGCUUAUUCCCCAGGAAACUAUCAAUCUAACAACGAUGGAUGAAGUCAGCGACGUGAAAAACAACGAUCAAAGAGAACAGAAGGAUGACCCCACCCGGCAGGCUCCGGAGAAUCGGGUUGAUUUGUUGAAAGAGAUUAAGUCCUCAAUUAGUACGGAAAAGUAUACACUUUUUCUCCGCGCGCUCACCAGCUACAAAUCAGAGAAAAACUUUUCCAAUCUGAUAACGGGUAUAUUGGCGGCAUUCGAUAGACCCGAGGUUUACUAUUUAUUGAGGGCGAUGCGACGAUUUGUUAAGGAAGAACAUCAUGCACUCUUCGAUGCUAAGAUUAAAGAUGUGUGCGGGUGACCGACUGCAUCAAUAUGUGAUAGUUACUACUUUACAAUGUUAAGAAUGACUUGUCAGAUUAAUUAUUUAUUUAAUUUAAUUAAUUAAAUAGUUAUGACAUCAAACGGGCGCCAUCAACAAUGCUGAAGGACAGGGCACGCAUGAGAUGUGUUAGUACUAGGGGUCAAGUCACAGGUAUCUGAUUCUGAAAAUAGCAGGAACGUUAAACAAGUGCGUCGACUAUCCGUACAGCUUGUCAUCGCGGAGCUGAUGGUGUACAGAUUGUCAACGGUCAAAUAAAACAUAUGAACUAUUUUUAACCGUAAUCGAGGAAAAUGAAUAUACAAAUGAAAAAUAAAUAAAACAAUUCAAUUCAUAUUUCAUUCAAACUAAUAAUAGGAGAAACCCCUUCUGCUGCAGAAGGAAUCAAUUUAAACUGUUGGGUGAUUAUAAAAGGAUCCGCGGUUAUUUGUCACUAGAUAGUGUUGUGGAUUCCGGGCAGUAAAUCAUAUUGCGGGCAUUUCAAUCAGGUACCACAUCCACUACAGUGGCGGUGCAAAAUCAGAACAAGGAGUCGGUUUUGUACUGAUUGGGAAACGUUUGAUCCCCGGAUCUCAUGGUAUGCAAGAUCCGCGCCAGGCUGUCCAACGUAUUCAUAUCAAGAUCAACGAGGAAGAUACGGUUGAACAUCCAGCGGUUAUCAACUGAUGGAGUAGCAGCAGAAUACUCACAGAAAGUUGAUGAGCGGAUCGAUGAGCAAUUUAGAGAAGACAUGAAUGAACAGUGGAGGCAUAUCCACAGUACAAUCAGCAGCACAGCGCGAGAAGUGUUGGGUACAACAGUUGCAACCACGCCCAAUGUGUGGUUUGACGCAAAGUGCCAGCGAGUGACAGAUGAGAAGAACCGAGCCAGAGCUCACAUGCUAGCUACAACUGUGACACGUCAGAGCAGAGGAUGAUAUCGUGAUGCUAGAGCUACUGAAAAAAGACUCCAUCGCCGGAAGAAACGUCAGCAUUGUGAACGAAUUCUUGCGGGGCGGAUGAUUGCUUCUCCAGGCACGACGCGAGGAGCUUUUAUACAACGAUAAACGGUAACAGGAACCGGACCGUGCCAACCCCUGUAUUGAUCAACGACGGGGAAGGGAACUUGAUUACCGAUGAAUCGGAGGUGGGAGGUGGCAGCAGCAUUUUGAUGGGUUGUUGAAUGGUGAAGAUGGAGUAAGGAUUGAGGUUGAGGAUGGUGGACAAGCGGCGGAUCACCAACCAUAAUUGAAGUGAGGACGGCAGUGAAAGAGCUGAAGAACGGUAAAGCAGUUGGGAAGGACGGCAUACCUGCCAAACUACUAAAAGUCGGGGGCGAACAGCUACUUUGUUGUAUGCAUCGGGUUAUCCAGCUGAUAUGGACCGAUGAAGAACUACCUACGGAUUGGUUGGAAGGACUCAUUUGCCCGAUUUAUAGAAAGGGUCACCGCCUCGACUGUAGCAAUUAUCGAGGGAUAACUCUGCUCAACUCGGUGUAUAAAAUUCUCUCCCGCAUCCUGUUCCAGGAAUUCUUUGUUGGUGAGUACCAAUGUGGUUUUGGAGAGGGACGAUCCACAGUGGACCAAAUGUUCACGGUGCGUCAGAUCCUCGAUAAAUUUCAGGAGUACAACCUGCGGACUCACCGUCUGUUUGUAGACUUCAGGGCUGCGUACGAUUCAGUUAAACGAAACGAGCUAUGGUAGAUUAUGCUGGAACAUGGUUUCCCAACAAAACCUAUCAAGCUGAUUCGCAUCAAGCGUCAGGAUAGCGGCUGAAACAUCCGACUCGUUCGUGACGUUUGACGGUCUGAAGCAGGGUGACGGGCUUUCGAAUUUACUACACAAAUUUAAGCAUAACUCAAGAACUAAGCAAACAAACGGAACCAAAUUUGGCACAUAAAAGUUUUUGUAGACAAGAAAUAUUUUUAUUGUGGUACGACACUGCUCCCCCUCUGUAAAGUUGGGUUGAAGUACUAGGAAUUUUAUAGUAAAAGAUAAUUUUAAAGGGUCGAUUCAAAGAUCAAUCAAUGAACAAUUCUGCUAUUGAACCCAUGAACAGGCGCUUAGUAAGAAAACGUCAGUGUUUGAAGGCAAUGAUAAAAAAACAUAAAUUUUGGGCAGGAUGAAGUUUGCCGAGCCAGCUAGUAACUAUAUAAAUAAAAACGGAUUACCAAAUGUGUUGGUAACUGCAUACCUUGAGGAAGGAAUCGUCCACAGAAAAACAUGUUAUUUGCAAGUGAUUGAAGAAUCUUGAACGAGAAUUGUUUCCGAAAAUAGUUUGAUAUUAUAAUGACGAGUGUUGGUAGAAGUACUAGGAAAUUUAUACUAGAAAGAAAUUGUAAGGGUCAAUUAGAAUAUCAAUCAAUAACCAGUUUUGCUUUUGGACCUAUGAAUGAUUGCCUAAUAAGGAAACGUGAAUGUUUGAAGGUAUUGAUAAUAAAAAAUGCAUUUUGGGCGGGACAAACUUUGCCAGGUCAGCUAAUAAAUAAAACUUUACUCGAAAAGUUCAUUUUGCAUUUUCAACCAAAUGAAAAUAAAAAUCUGUACGCAACAA